GCCAAAGGAGACGAUGCCGACCGUUGCUGUAGACAAGGAGGACCUCUGGGAACGUCUUGGACAGAAAUUUUCCAAUGAAGAGUUUGACCAGUUAUGCUUCGACUUCGGUAUAGAGCUCGAUGAAGACACUACUGAAGAGGUGGAGGAGGCGAUCAAGAAGGGCCUUCCUGCUGAGCGACCCCAACUCAAAAUCGAAAUACCUGCGAAUAGGUAUGAUCUGUUGUGCAUCGAGGGCAUCUCGCGCGCACUUCGCAUCUUCCUGGGCAAAGCAACCCCGCCGAACUAUAAGCUUGUCCUUCCGCCGGGCGGAGAACCUAACCUACUCACUGUAACUGUGGACCCCGAGGUUUCGCGGAUACGACCGUUCUUCGCAGGCGCCAUCUUGCGCAACAUCCACUUCACCCCUCGCUCCUACGCAUCCUUCAUUGACCUACAGGACAAACUGCACCAGAACUUGUGCAGGAAGAGGACGCUCGUCGCAAUCGGUACCCAUGACCUUGACACGAUACAAGCGCCCUUCCGGUAUCAGGCACGUCCACCGAAAGACAUCAAAUUUGUGCCCUUGAACAAAGACAAGUCAUACACCGCCGAGGAACUCAUGACCGUAUACGAGUCUGAAAAACACCUUGCGCGCUAUCUGCACAUCAUUCGCGACUCGCCAGUGUAUCCAAUUAUAUACGACACACAAGAUCGUGUUCUGUCCAUGCCGCCCAUCAUCAACUCAGAGCAUUCGAAGAUCACCCUCAACACCCGCAACGUCUUCAUCGACCUCACUGCGACAGACGAGACCAAGCUGGCGAUAGUGACGAAUAUCAUGGUCGCUAUGUUCUCUGAAUACUGCGCUGAGCCGUUCACCGUUGAGCCGGUGAAGGUUGUCUUCCCCGGCGGGAAAGUGAAAAUUACGCCUGACCUGAGUACUCGCAAGACGACGGCCAGCGCAUCGUACAUCAACUCCUGUACUGGACUCUCGCUCAACGCCUCCGAGAUUUCUUCGCUCCUCACCCGCAUGACCCUGACCGCCUCUCCCGACCCUUCCUCUCCUGAUGACAUUCUCGUCGAAGUGCCCCCAACACGGCCGGAUAUUCUCCACGAAUGCGAUAUCAUGGAGGAUGCCGCGAUAGCGUACGGCUUUAACAAGCUCCCAGACACCUUCCCGGCCACGAACACCGUCGCGCAGCCGCUGGCGAUCAGCAAGCUGACCGACAUCGUCCGCACCGAGUUCGCGCUCGCCGGCUGGAUUGAAGUCCUACCGCUCAUCCUCUGCUCUCACGAAGAGAACUUCGAGUUCCUGAACCGCCCUGACGACGGCAAGACCGCCGUCAAGAUCGCGAACCCCAAGACACUCGAAUUUCAGGUCGUCCGUACUUCGCUCCUCCCCGGCCUGCUCAAGACUGUGCGCGAGAACCGGUCGCAUGCGCUGCCGAUCAGGGUCUUCGAGAGCGCCGACGUCGUCUUCAAAGACACCGCGCGCGAGCGCCAGGCACGCAAUGUGCGCCACGCCGCCGCCGUCUGGUGCAACAAGACGGCCGGGUUCGAGGUCGUGCACGGCAUGCUCGACCGCAUCAUGGCGAUGCUCGAGGUACCGAGGAUCAGCGCCGCGGACGCGGCUGCCGACACGGGCUACUAUAUCAAGGAGUCGAGCGAUCCGGCCUUCUUCCCUGGCCGUGCCGCGACGAUAUACUAUCGCGACCGCUCGACCGUGGCGUCGAAGGCGAAGUCGACGCUGGGCGCGAUCAAGGAGAAGCUCGUCCCGUCCUCUGCACCGGCCGAUAUGCCCAUCGGAACGCUCGGCAUCCUGCACCCGAGCGUGCUGGAGAAGUUCGAGAUCGGCUACCCGUGCUCGGCGGUCGAGCUUACGCUGGAGCCCUUCAAGAAGGAGAUGCAGGACGUGUGGACGACGGAGGGUGUGGAGGGAGGUGGGGCGUACGUGUUGUAAAGAACCACAAGAGAGAAUGAAAUGAGGAUAUAGAGCGAUGCUGCUGAUCCACAAUGUAACCUGACCAUUGAAAACUAUAUCUCAGAGAGUGAGGAGGCAAGUCGAG